UUUCCGACGGUCAGUGAAAGCAGCACCAACUCGUCCGCGCGAGCAUCUGUUGUAGAAGAAUCGCGAGGAGGAGGAAGAUAUCGACAGCAAUAGUUAACCGGUGGGCGCUCGAGCGACGUCAGAAGUUAUUAGUCCAUUUCUGCUCCUGAGAGACCUGGAUGUUUUUAAUAUUUUAAACAAUAACAGGUCCCGUCUCAGAGCACAGUCAACAUGGCUGAAGCCCACCAGGCUGUGGCCUUUCAGUUCACCGUCACUCCAGAGGGCAUCGAUCUGCAGUUGUCACACCAGGCUCUCUCUGAGAUCUACCUCUCCGGUGUGCGCUCCUGGAAGAAACGCAUCAUCAGAAUCAAAAACAAUGUGAUCUCAGGUGUAUAUCCUGCAAGUCCUUCCUCCUGGCUGUUUGUGGUCAUAGCGAUCCUGGCCACUAUGUACACCCGCUCUGAUCCCUCCAUGGGACUCAUAGCUAAGAUCCAGGAGCAUCUUCCUGUAAGCCAGAUGAGCACACAGUGCCAGGCGGUGGUGUCGGCGGUGCUCUUCAGCACCAUGCUGUGGCUGAUGCUCAUCUUCACCAUGCGUCUGUGCCUCAAGCAGCUCCUCUCCUACCAUCGUUGGAUGUUUGAGCAGCACGGGAAGAUGUCCACCACCACCAAGAUCUGGGUGGCGCUGGUGCGGAUCUUUUCUGGCAGAAAGCCUCUGCUCUACAGCUACCAGGGUUCUCUGCCAAACCUUCCUGUUCCUGCCAUAAAGGACACAGUCAAGAGGUAUUUAGAGUCCGUGCGUCCACUGAUGAAUGAUGCAGAGUACAAGCGGAUGACCAAUCUGGCCACAGAGUUUGAGAGCAGCCUCGGUAAUCGCCUGCAGUGGUACCUCAAACUCAAAUCUCUCUGGGCCUCAAACUACGUUAGCGACUGGUGGGAGGAGUAUGUCUACUUACGUGGACGAGGCCCCAUCAUGGUCAACAGUAACUAUUAUGGAAUGGACUUCCUGUAUGUGACUCCAACUCCGAUCCAAGCGGCCAGAGCUGGAAACUGCAUUCAUGCGUUCUUCCUCUACCGCCGCAAACUCAACAAGGAGGAGCUCAAGCCUAGUCGCAUCCCAGGCACUGUCAUUCCUCUGUGUGCUGCUCAGUGUGAGAGGAUUUUCAACACGGCACGCAUUCCUGGAGAGGAGACGGACACUGUCCAACACUGGCAGGACAGUGACUACAUAGUGGUUUACCACAGAGGUCGCUACUUCCGUCUCAGGGUGUACCAGGCGGGCAGACUUCUGUCUCCAAGAGAGAUUGAGUUCCAAAUUCAAAGGAUCCUUGAUGAUACCACGCCUCCAUCCCAAGGAGAGGCCAAACUUGGAGCCCUGACUGCUGGAGACAGGAUUUCAUGGGCGAAAGCCAGGGCCAAGUUCUUCAGCAGUGGAGUCAACAAGCGCUCUCUGGACUGCAUUGAGAGGGCGGCUUUCUUUGUGACUCUAGAUGACGAAGAGCACAGCAUGAUGGGAGAAGAUUCAGCGGAGUGUUUGGAUCGAUAUGCCAAGUCCUUGCUGCACGGAAAAUGUUACGACAGGUGGUUCGAUAAGUCCUUCUCCGUAGUUUACUACAAGAAUGGAAAGAGCGGUAUAAACGCAGAGCACUCGUGGGCCGACGCUCCAGUAGUGGCUCAUGUGUGGGAGUACACACUUGCUGUUGACAGUUUCCAGCUCGGUUACAAUGAGGAGGGUCACUGCAAAGGAGAAGUGGACUCAUCACUUCCUCGACCACAGAAACUCAGCUGGGAGAUUACCCCAGAAUGUGAGGAGCAGAUCUCCCAGUCUUUGGCAGUGGCCCAGGCUCUGGCUGAUGACGUGGACUUCCAUGUUUUCUCCUUCCGGGACUUCGGCAAAGGAAAGAUCAAGAAGUGUCGAGUCAGUCCUGAUGGUUUUAUUCAGAUGGCUCUUCAGCUGGCAUACUACAGGAACCGAGGGACGUUCUGUCUGACGUAUGAGGCGUCCAUGACCCGUUUAUUCAGGGAGGGCAGGACUGAGACUGUCCGGUCCUGUACCAACGAGAGCAGUGCCUUUGUCCAAGCACUAGAGGGUGGGGAGCCGGCUGACGUGUGUCGGCGUUUGUUCCGUGCGGCGUCAGAAAAGCACCAGCAUCUUUACCGGAUGGCCAUGACCGGAGGUGGGAUUGACAGACACCUGUUUUGCCUCUAUGUGGUUUCCAAAUACCUCGGAGUGGACUCGCCCUUCCUGAAUGAGGUGCUGUCUGAGCCGUGGAGGCUGUCCACGAGUCAGACUCCUGUCCAGCAGGUGGAGCUGUUUGACAUGGUUAACCACUCAGAGUACAUCUCCUGUGGAGGUGGCUUUGGACCAGUGGCUGACGAUGGUUAUGGGGUGUCCUACAUGUUUCUGGGAGAGAACAUCAUAAACCUGCACAUCUCCUGUAAACACUCGUGUCCUGAAACUGAUGCUCACAAGUUUGGUGGCCAGAUCAGAAAGGCUCUGCAUGAUCUGCUAAAGCUCCUGAGCCCCAACCUGAAGGAGUCCAACAAAACGGACGAGGGUCGGCCCGAGGUCAAGAAAGACAAGUAGAAACGUCGUCAGAGGGAAGGAUACUAGAGAGAAAGUGAGACAGUUUUACCACGAAGAGAGAAAAGGUGGAUAUAGAAGUCACUUACAGUUAGAUUCUGUUUAGGAGACGGACCCUUGGAUGACACAAACAAGGUUGUGAUUUGUAAUGAUGAGUCUUUUUGUGUCUAUUAGAUAUACAGGGAGAGAACCGGUCAACAGAAGAACUAAAAUAGUUUAGUUUUAAAGUCAAACAGUCUAAAAACGUAUAACUUUAUCAGCUACCUAUAUGAUUGUUUUGUUGUCAUGAAGAAAAGGCCAGUAUAUUUUGCACCACUCAGCAUUAGAAAACCACUCCACAGCAGGGACUGGACUAAAGCAGAUGCCUCAGCUUGUGCCACUAAGUUUCUGUCGUUAGAUUUUUCCGUCGUGAGGUUCUAGAAUGAAGUGGAAAGCAGCAGGACUGUGGAGGUAAUUUACCUUUCUACCAUCCGAGUGAAACAUUAAUGUAAACGACGGGGCAGGUGUUUAAACGUCUGGAAGUCUGGGACUUCUGUUUGGUAAAUCACAUUUUUACAUACAUGAUUGUAAUGCCGGUUUCCAGAUGUGCUGAGAUUAUUUUCAAUUCCAUCCUUUUAACAAAUUAUAUUCUCUGUCAGCUAAUCUAAGAAAGAACUUUUGGUUUUAAUAAGCUGAUCAAAGCAAACUGCCAUCCUUUGUUUUUAAAUGUUUUUGUGUUGAACUUGUGCCCAACAAUGCAAGCCUUAUUAGUGAAACCACUGUGCAGCUCUUCAGUCAGCAGGGCUGCCGGGUAGAAGCCGUUACAUUUGUUGCCAGUGACACCGAGUCCUGUUUCUGCCACUGAUUAUUACCUUUGGUUUGUUUUCACUACAGAACAAAUCACAUUCUUUUAUUUUACAACUGCCAUUGUAAUGUUUUUGAUGAAAUAUGAAAAGGGAACAUAAAGAUAUUCUUAAGAAAAAGAAA